GCUAGUCAGCCUCGUCUCCUUCUCCCGAAGAUCUUUCGCGAACUCCGAGCCAGCCCCCCUCCUCCUUACAGGUCCCGAAGCUGCUGCGUCCCUUAGUUCGGGCCUCCCGAAGCUACGGCUCGGUCCAGGCAUGCUACCGCAACGGCUCCGUCUGUCGUCCCUUCUACCCGCGAGCCAUCCGAGUUGAAUUCCCACAAGCAGACGCAACCCGAAAGGACCGAUCGAAGCACCCGCAGCUAACGCCCAAAAUCAAACGCAACACAACACAAGAGGGCCACGAGAAGGAGGGGGAACCUUCUCGUUGAGGGUGCACUUGGACUGGACGUAAGCAUCUGCCCGGGUUCUUGCUCUUCGAGUCACAGUUGAUCUGAUCUGAGCGCUCGCAAAGUAAUGAUUUGAGCAGAUCAACUGUGACUGUACCGAGUGGGAAAAGAAAGGCCGUCCCUGGGAGUGGCAAUUUCGGCGGUUUGCUGAUGCACGUUGCAAACCGCUGCGCUGCAGCUGUCCGUCCGAACUACGAUGUGUUCUUGAAUUUCAAUGGGGUAGACACUCGCAACGGCUUCACUCAUCACCUUUAUAACGCGCUGGUAGCUGCUAAAUUCUCCGUGUUCAAGGACGACCCCGAUCUCCUCGGCGAGCAGAUAGGGCCAGGGCUUUUGCAGGCCAUCGCGUAUUCUAAAAUCGCCAUCGCCGUCAUCUCCGGAAAUUAUGCGAGUAGCGAAUGGUGCUUGCGCGAACUCACCGAGAUCGUGAAAUGCGGCAAGGCAGAUCAGCGCAAACUAAUUCUCCCUAUAUUCUAUGACGUGGAUGUCUCUGAUGUAUAUAACCAAACCGGGGAGUUUGGAAAGGGUUUUAGUGAACUGGCGAAACACCAUACGCCGGAACAAGUGGAAGAAUGGAGGGAAGCGCUGAGGUCUGUCGCGAGGAUUAAAGGAUGGUCAUCACGGGACGUUGCUGAUGGGCGUCUGGUGGAUAUGGUGGUUGAAAAGGUUUCCAGUAUAUUGAGUCCGCCAUGGAUCGAACAAAUCCCCAUGUUUCGGAAGAAAAGAAAAAAAAGUAAAUGCGAAGUGUUCCCGCUCUCUAGCCCUGCUACUAAAAAGACCUUUGCUUCUCACCUUCCUUACCACCUCGAGCGUGAAAAUAUCAGUGUGUUCAGAGAUGAUGAUCAAUACCUCAUUGGUAAAGAUGUUGAUCGCGAGGUUCGCAAUGCCAUGGAUCACUGCAAGAUAUUUAUUCCAAUUAUCUCUGAAGAUUUCGCCUCAUCUCAUGACUGUCUUGAUAAACUAGUUCAAAUGUUCAAAUGCGUUGAAGAAAAUGGGCAGAAGAUUUUGCCCGUCUUCUAUGAAGUGGAUUUGUCGCGAAAGAAAGAACUACGGGAUCAUUUUUGGACGGACAUGCUGCGGCAUGAUGUUCCGGAGAGACUCGUCAACGGUGGCUCGAAUCUUUCGAUCGGGUUUUUUCUAUCGCAGGAUUUGUAUCGGAAAACUUCGGGAAUGGAGGGGAACUCGCGGAUGUGGUGCGCCAACAUGUUAUCAGAUUAAUUGCGGACUUGAAGUUGUAGGUCCUGGAGGAUCACCAUUUAAGUUUGAAAUUGCGUGCGAGUGCCGGGGUUUGAGCUCUGGCUUGGCCGGGGUUGGAGUGACCCUGAAAUGGUGGUGUAAAGCUUGCACCUUUCUGAACUCUUACAAGAAUGCCAACUGCAAAAUCUGCGAUACAAGGGCUUUGCUGUCCAUGAUGUUGAGCUUCGAGGAUUUGCAAGCCAUGAGCGACAGGGCCGGCAAGUACUCUUUGUGGGGGG